UUAAAGACAAUAAUUUACGAAGGGAUGUUUAAAUUCCAAAGUGCUUUGUAUAAAAUAAAGAAAAUGUUAAAGUUUGAAUAAAAAUAUCCCGAUCUUUUAGAAAUUAGAACAAAAAGAAGUAAUAAAAGUGAUAUCAUUAGGAACCCCCCACUUCCUCUUUUUCUAUGCGUUUGGGUGGGCUUUUUAAUGUAUAUUUGACAUAACAAGGUCAAGCGCAAUAUACAGAAAGCUGGAAUGCAUAAAAUGGAAGCUAUGGAUGAAGCGAGGGUUGAUCUCAUCCUUGAAGAAUGUCGUAUUAAUUGUGAAGAUGCUGCUUUGUUCUUACUGACCAAAUGGAAUUACGAAGCACAGGUAUUUGUCUGUCCGUCUGUCCGUCUGUCCGUCUGUCCGUCUUAUGUAAAUUAUCUAUGAUGAUUUUUCUAUAGAUCCGUCGUUUCCUUAAAAUACUUUCCUCGCGAGGAAUUUGCAAUUCCUUAGAAGAUAAGCGUGGUCACCAUGGCAACACUCCUCUACACCUAGCAGCAAUAAAGGGUCACGUAACUAUUGCCCAGUUUUUCGCGGUUGAAUACCCUUCAAUGGUGAUGCGCACCAAUCUCCAUGGGGAUCUUCCUGUAGAGACGGCUAUGCAAUAUGGUCAUGACGAUGUGGCUGCUUCUCUUAUAAAAAAGAUGAGUCAUUUGAGCGUACAAGAGCUCUUUAGGGCAUCAAAAGCGAUAAAAGCAAAGAACGAUUUCGUGGAGUUGGUGCGUCAAUUCAAGAUGAAGAAAACCAUUCUCGCCAUACUCGAUGCUAUGAUUGUCCCAAAAUGGCCCUACCCUACCAGCCUUCAUUACCACAAUACAACAGUUGGAGAGUGGCAGGACCUUGAAGACCAUCCAACACACAUUCAAGUCUGCUGUGAUCUACUCGAUGUGGAUAAGAAUGGACGUCCGCCAAGCCAUCCAGAUUACAUCUACUGUCCAAAGUCGCCAUUUUACUACCUCACACAACAGUGCCAGACUUUACAAAAGGAUUUAAUAUUCCAUCCUGUUCUCAGGCUUGUUUCGGAAAGGAAAUGGGAAAAGUAUGCUAGAUUUUGGUUUAGGUUUCGAUUCCUGAAUUACUGUGUGUUCGUUUUUCUCCUGGCUAUUGCCAUCAUGUCCUUAGUGGCAAACCCGAAUAAAGUGACCUUGAUUGGGGUGUUCAGUAGAAAUUAUGCGCAGAAUAUCUUCUUUACGUGGUUAUUACUCAUGUCAUUGUGGUUCCUGCUUGACGAGAUUUCUGAAUUUAGAAGAGAGCCCAGCCAGUAUAUCAGAGACUGGACGAACUACUGGGACAUCUCAAGAAACGUUAUCCUGAUCAUAACAAUCUUCAUCAGGAUCACCGAGAGUCAUAACCCACUCUUCUGUUUCACGUCAUCCUAUAUACGCGCGCGUUUGGUCGGGUUAUUUUCAAGGACAUCCCUCGCUUCACAAUCGUUUUUAUCAUCGUCAUGUUCUCAUAUACUUUAUCAAUCAUUGCGUCAUUAAGAAUCAGUCAACCUUCUAUGGAUCUAGGCAAACUCUUAAGCUUCAGUGGGUUUGGUUUGACUAGUGGUGAAAAUACCUGUCUAGGACAAGACCUAGCCUGUAUCCUUUGGUCAACAUUGAAAGUUUGGGCUCUUGGAAAGCCAUUACUAGAAGAUACACAUGACAACAUAGGGUAAGUAUUACCUACCAAUCAGAAUGAAGUAUUAUCUACAAAUCAGAAUGAAGUAUUAUCUACCAAUCAGAAUGAAGUAUUAU